UUCUGCGCAGGCGCGGGCGCCAUAUUAGCAGCGGAUAGUCAGGCACCGGUGGUGGAUUUUUUCUCGCGCGGAGUAAAGCGCUCUGUGUGUAUCUUGACUCGUCCGCGUCUUUACCCCGGAAUUACGUAAAAUUCAGGAAACAUGUCUCGAAGAUAUGAUUCCAGGACUACUAUAUUUUCUCCAGAAGGUCGCUUGUACCAAGUUGAAUAUGCCAUGGAAGCUAUUGGACAUGCAGGCACCUGUCUGGGAAUUUUAGCAAACGAUGGUGUCUUGCUUGCAGCAGAGAGACGCAACAUACACAAGCUUCUUGAUGAAGUCUUUUUUUCUGAAAAAAUUUAUAAACUCAACGAGGACAUGGCUUGCAGUGUGGCAGGCAUAACUUCUGAUGCUAAUGUUCUGACAAAUGAACUGAGACUCAUUGCUCAAAGGUAUUUAUUACAGUAUCAGGAGCCAAUUCCUUGUGAGCAGUUGGUUACAGCACUAUGUGAUAUCAAACAAGCUUAUACACAGUUUGGAGGAAAACGUCCCUUUGGUGUUUCAUUGCUGUACAUUGGCUGGGAUAAGCACUAUGGCUUUCAGCUUUAUCAGAGUGACCCUAGUGGAAAUUAUGGGGGAUGGAAAGCUACCUGCAUUGGAAAUAAUAGUGCUGCAGCUGUGUCAAUGUUAAAACAAGACUACAAAGAAGGAGAAAUGACUUUGAAGUCAGCACUUGCUUUAGCUAUCAAAGUGCUUAAUAAGACCAUGGAUGUUAGUAAACUUUCUGCUGAAAAAGUGGAAAUUGCCACAUUAACAAGAGAGAAUGGAAAGACAGUAAUCAGAGUUCUCAAACAAAAAGAAGUGGAACAGUUGAUCAAAAAGCAUGAGGAAGAAGAAGCUAAAGCUGAGCGUGAGAAGAAAGAAAAAGAACAGAAAGAAAAGGAUAAAUAGAAGACAAAAUCAGGGAUUUUGUAACUCAUUUGGGGCACCAUUUCAGUGUAAAAACUGUCCUGAUCUUCUACACUGAGAGAGCUUUGACUUUUUUUUUUAAUUUGUGCAGUGGGGAAACAGGACAUUACAUACUGAAUUGGGUCCUUGUGAUUUCUGUCCAACUGAAUCCUUUAUUGUAAUGAUGAUGAUUAUUCUUCAUGGACAUA